UCCAUUGCUAAACGGAAUGAGUAACCAACAUGGCUGUUUCUGCGAGGGUUUCGAUGACGAAAUGCACACAAUUUCGUUCGCUUUUUAAAUUGUUUUCAACAAGCACGUAUUGUAGAGCAGCGCCAAAUUUACGAAAAGAAUCGUACGAAGUAAGCCACGAAUCUAUUUUUACGGAGGAUCAUGCAGAACUCCGAAAAUCUCUCAAAAAAUUAAUCGAGAAAGAAAUAAACCCCUACGUUGACGAAUGGGAGAAUUUGAAGAGGUUUCCCGCUCAUGAAGUUUUUAAAAAGCUGGGAUCGGCCGGAUUCUUUGGAGUAAACAAGCCCACUAAGUAUGGUGGAUUAGGAUUGGACUAUUCUUUUAGUGUGGCCAUGGCUGAAGAGUUAGGAAGCAUUAAAUGUGGUGCUAUACCCAUGGCCAUAGGAGUUCAGGCAGACAUGGCAACUCCAGCACUUAUCAGGUUUGGUAGUGAAGAGCUUAAACAAGAGUUUUUAGUUCCAUCCAUUGCUGGUGAUGUUGUGGCCUGUCUUGGAGUGAGUGAACCUGGGGCUGGAUCAGAUGUUGCAAGUAUUAAAACUACAGCUAUUAAAAAAGGAGAUGACUUUGUCAUAAAUGGAAGCAAGUUAUGGAUUACAAAUGGUCUCCAGGCAGAUUGGAUUUGUCUUUUAGCAAAUACAAGUGGAGGUCCACCACAUAAAAACAAGUCUUUGAUCUGUGUUCCUCUCAAUCUACCUGGAGUCCAUAAGGCAAGGAAUAUUAACAAGCUUGGGAUGCAUUCAUCAGACACUGCAGAGCUGUUCUUUGAGGAUGUGAAAGUACCACAAUCAUACCUGAUUGGUCAGGAAGGAAUGGGGUUUCCAUACCAGAUGUUUCAGUUUGUUGAGGAAAGAGUUUUUGCUGGGGCUUCAGUUCUGUUGUCUAUGGAGAGAAUUAUUUUUGAAACUGCCACCUACUGCAGGGAAAGGAAGGCAUUCGGCAAAUCCAUUCUAGACAAUCAGUAUGUUCACUUCCGCCUUGCUGAGCUUCAAACUGAAGUUGAACUGCUCAGGUCACUUGUAUAUAGAACUACAGAUCUGUACAUGAAAGGUAAAGAUGUCAACAAGCUAGCCUCAAUGCUCAAACUCAAGGCUGGUCGCCUUGCACGAGAGGUACCUGACUCCUGCCUGCAGUUCUGGGGAGGAAUGGGUUUUACUUCAGAAGUGGAAGUCAGCCGCGCUUAUAGAGACAACCGUCUUUUGUCAAUUGGCGGUGGAGCAGAUGAAGUUAUGCUAUCAAUCAUUUGCAAAUAUAUGGGAACAUUUCCUAAGGACCAGCAAUUAUUUUAAGUUAUAUCAUGGUAGUUAAAAAUUUGUACAUAAUAUGGCCAGGAUACUAAGUCUGGCAUGAUUGCUUGUCACAAAGGUGUAUCUAUUCCUGCCAUAAUGUGACAUUUGGUUUUAUAUUUGUUAAGAAAAUUGUAUAUUUGUGGCUUCCAAACAGUAUAAACAACACCAACCACUGUCAGUGGAAGGUCACAAAAUUGUCAGCUUUUUUCAGUAUUCUAGUACCAUUGUAAUGCAUUUAGUUAUGGUACCUUUGGACUAUAACAUAUUAUUUAUGUGAGUUAUCCUGGUAAUCUUUUCCUUACAGUUGACAUGAAGCCAGUGGUUCCCAUAGAGCUAUCAAAAGUUAUAGUGUACCUCUGAUAUAAUUCUGAAAAUUACAUUGUUGGUUAAAAGA